CGAUGAGUCUGACUUUUGCUUCGCAACAUCGAGCUUAUGAGAGGCGGUCAACCAGAAGUGAAGCCGAUGAGUCUGACUUUUGGUUCGGAACACAGCGGUUAUUCAAUUCGCUGUUGGUGUACGCGAAAUGUACGCGAAAUGUAAUGUACUGAAAAUCUGCUCAAAAAUCAUUUCGUCAACUCCCUUCUAUGGAAAGGAAGCUACUUCUUGCAUGAGGUGUAAAAGCAUUUGUACUAGUUCAUCAUUUGCACAUACACAGCAUUUCCAAGUCAAUUUUUGUGAGAUUUUAUGAUAUCAAGAACAGAAAUCAUCACUUGCAAUAUUUUUUUUUAAUCUCAGAGGCCAAAUUGGCAUCUAGCUGAGUUGUGGAAUAAUUUCUUUUUGAAAAUAUGGGUAGUUCACCUCCACUGGUGUUCUACAUUACGAUCUGCUGUAUUGCUUUCAUCAUAUCGAAGAUCAUUAUCUCCCUCCUCUGCUACAAAAGAUGGGUACGAAAGCGAAGGAUAAUUGAAGAUAGUUUGUCAGGUGGAAAGAUGGUAUUGUUUCGAUCGCCAACAACUCAAGCUCUCAGCGCCAAAGCUCUUAUGAAGAAGACUAUGAAGCUAACUAACAAAGAUAUUAUUGGUUCUGGAGGAUACGGCACAGUAUAUAAAUUAGUUGUGGAUGAAACCACCGCCUUCGCUGUGAAGAGGCUCAACAAGGGAAAUGACAAUAAGGAUCUUGGGUUUGAGAGAGAGCUCAAUACCAUGGGAGACAUAAAGCACAGGAACAUCGUUACUCUUCACGGAUACUAUAUUGCACCACAGUUCAAUCUUCUUAUAUACGAGUUGAUGCCAAAUGGAGGUUUGGAUGCAUUACUUCAUGGGAAAUCAGCUGCAGAAAAACCUCUUGAUUGGCCUUCAAGGUACAGAAUUGCAGUUGGAGCUGCUCGGGGUUUAUCAUACCUUCAUCAUGAUUGCAUUCCUCACAUAAUCCACCGGGAUAUAAAAUCAAGCAAUAUACUUCUGGAUCAGAACAUGGAUGCAAGGGUGUCUGAUUUUGGCUUGGCAACGAUGAUGGAACCAGAUCAAACUCAUGUGUCAACAAUGGUUGCUGGAACUUUCGGUUACUUACCUCCAGAGUAUUUCGAAACAGGCAGAGCAACAACAAAAGGAGACGUUUACAGCUUCGGCGUUGUCUUGCUUGAACUUCUUACGGGAAAAAGACCAACUGAUGAAUCAUUUAUUGAGGAAGGCUCCAGGCUUGUAACUUGGGUUAAAGGAGUAAUGGAAGAAAAGAGAGAGGAGCAUGCAAUUGAUAGUGGAUUAGUAUGUUUUCCCACAGAAGAAGUCAAGGAAGUAUUUGCAGUUGCAGACAAAUGUCUAGAUCCAGACCCCUCGAAGAGGCCAACCAUGUUUGACGUUGUUAAAAUGCUAGAACAAAUAAAGUCAGAUAAAUAAUGUUUUCGGAUUUGUUCCCUAGCUGUUCAGCAUGAGAUGAGGAAGGCCUUCUUCCAAAAAUAUUUUGAGCCUUCAAGACUUGAACUUCAUCUUAUUUAAAGGAUGGAUUCAAUGAAACAAACAACAAAAUCGCCUCUGCACAGCAUAAUAAAAAAGAUCUCCAAAGAAAAUGGAGUCUCCAAUGAUGGAAGUUUCUGCACAGUAAUACUGGCAAAAAAUGGAUUGAAGAAAUGAAAAAUUGAAUUGACAAAGUUCUCUCUCUUUUUUGAGCUUUGAAGAUCUAAUUAUCUUAGCCAAAUUUGAAUGAAACCAGUACAUAGAAUAACGUCAUUCAAAGCAUGUAUUUACUAGACAGAAAUAGAACAAAUAGUUAUUCGAUACUUUUCCUCAAUGUAUGACCUUAAUAGAUUUUUAUUUGAAGGAGCCUUGUGAUGAGUCCCAUAUCACCACAAAUGUAUAUUUAAUCCAAUGUCAAUAAGAAUUGAAUCUGAAGAGUAGGAAUA